UCUCCUUCAGUUUUUUUCUUCCCCAAAGUUCAUAUCGAAACUACUGCUUCAUCUUCUUCUUCAGUCCACCACCACCAUCACCAUCUCCACCACCAUCGUCUCCACCAAUUAACGGUACUGAUCCCAGGAAAACCAACACAAAUUUAAGCCUAAAUUUCGUUAUUACGAUCUCAGACAAACUUAACCUUAAAUUUCUGCUAAAGUUUUGGGAAAUUGGGAAUUUUUGAGACGAAGAACUUGAGAAGUGAAUGAAAUUGGGUUAAGUUUGAAAGAGAACUUGAGAAGUGAAUGAAAAUUUGGAAGAGAAAUUGAUAGAUCUGAUGGGGUAGAGCAGGAUUUACUCUACUUAUUUCGAAAUUUCAAUUCCUCCAACAAAUUUUCCUUCAACCUCUCUCAAUCCUACUAACAUAUUACACUCUCCUUAAAUCUAACUACGGUGUGGAGAAUAGUGGAGGAGGAGGGAGUGGUAAAGCGAUUUGUGAAGUAGGCUGGUACAUACUUGGGGAGAAUCAAGAGCAUGUUGGUCCAUAUGCAUUCUCAGAAUUACAAGGAUUUCUGCUACUACGCCAUUUUCCUGGUUAUGUUUGCUUCUCAUUCGCAGAGUCUGGUCUUCAGCUCUCUUGAUGAAAUUGUCAGCGUCUUAAUACAUCUUUUACCUGGGAUUGUUUACUUCACUAUUCGGUGGUGGGAUCCAGCAACCUUUGAAGCUAUGCAUCCGGAGGGAAGCAUGAGUCAGAGAGCUUCAUGGCCGUAUGUGGAAGACAAGUCCUACCUCUGGACGUGGCUAUUUGUUGUUCCCUUGGUUGCGUGCACCUUAUGUCAAAUUCUCUAUUUUCUCAUUGUCAAUGUUCUGCGUCAUCAAAGGCUUUUAAGGGAUCCAGAAGUAAUGACAUCCUACAGAGAACUAUCGAAGGAAGCACAAAAAGCAAAUAAUAUGUGGCGGCGUCUGAGUGGAGUUCUAGGUGAUCAGAAUCGUAUGCUCAUGUAUACCCUGUUCCAAGCUGCAUUCACAGUUGCCACAAUGGCUUUAACUGUGCCAAUAUUUCUGUCUUACGAAUUGCAUGUGAUUUUCCAAAUAUUCAAAGUCUCUGCAUUUAUAUGGAAUGGAGGAAGCUUUUUAUUAGAGGUGAUGCCCAGGCAAGUCAUAAUGAAGGAGAAGAAGAAACUUGAAAUGCUGCCAUUACCAGUCCAACCUGAUCAGCCUGCUACUGUCUCAACCGAAAUUCCCACAUAAACUAACGGCUUCACGGAGUCUGACAACCAGUCAGAACAACCUUGUAUAAAAGAAAAAGACUUGUAAAAUUUUGUUUUCGCUACUGCUAGAAAAGUUUAGUUAGUACACCUAUGACUGUUGAAAGCUGAUAUCUUGGGAUUUAGGAUUUUGAGGUGUGGAAAACUUAGUUUUGAAGUCGAGCCCUAGAAUUCAAAUAACAGCAUAUCAAAUCUCUUUUACAAUUUUUCCUGAACAUCUCUUUUACAAAAUAAAAUAAAAUUCCUUUACAAAUC